AUGUGGGGGGGUAGAGCGUUCCACCGCGUUCCACAUCGUUCCACAGCGUUCCACAGCGUUCCACAUCGUUCCACAGAGUUCCACAGCGUUCCACAGAGUUCCACAGCGUUCCACAGAGUUCCACAGCGUUCCACAUUGUUCCACAGAGUUCCACAGCGUUCCACAGAGUUCCACAGCGUUCCACAGAGUUCCACAGCGUUCCACAUUGUUCCACAGAGUUCCACAGCGUUCCACAGAGUUCCACAGCGUUCCACAGCGUUCCACAGAGUUCCACAGCGUUCCACAGCGUUCCACAGAGUUCCACAGCGUUCCACAGAGUUCCACAGCGUUCCACAGCGUUCCACAGAGUUCCACGGCGUUCCACAGUGUUCCACAGCGUUCCACAUCGUUCAACAGAGUUCCACAGCGUUCCACAGAGUUCCACAGCGUUCCACAGAGUUCCACAGCGUUCCACAGAGUUCCACAGCGUUCCACAGAGUUCCACAGCGUUCCACAGCGUUCCACAGAGUUCCACAGCGUUUCACAGCGUUCCACAGCGUUCCACAGCGUUCCACAGAGUUCCACAGCGUACCACAGCGUUCCAAAUCUAUCUUUUUUAUUGUAACUCACUUUUAG